AUGCCGGCAAGAAAGGUGCAGCCUCAGGGAGGUCCUUCCCGCCGAAAAAAGCCGAGAUUUGAGACUUCUAGAAUCCAAGAAGCCGGUGAGAAAAAACGAUCGGACGAUGAGCAUGAGUCAGAAGCACAGUCGCAAGAUGAAGACGGUGGCGAUGACUCCUUGAUUUCGUCUGAAAGCGAGGAGGACGAGAAACCAACCGAAACGUCGUAUAGUGUGCUGCUCCAAUUACUCAAUGUCGGAGCAGAUUUGAAUGGCCCAGCAAAAAAGAAAAGGAAAUUGAAACACAAGAAUAAGGAGCAAGAACUUAAAGAAACUGUGAUACUGGAUACAACCCCUGAUGUGCCAGAUAAUAUAGACGUGGAGGCUUCAGACGCUGAAAGCGAUAUCGAACAGGACCAAGGAGAUGCGCUCGAUGACGAUAUUGAAAAUGGUAAAAAGAAAACAGUCCUAAACUAUGAAAUUAAGGAGCUUACACACACUAUAGCGUCUGAUCCAUUCGAAACUCAUUUUGCACAACCUGAUGAAGCGCUGUUGUCAAAGCGCAUAGACGCCUCAGCUCGAAAAUGGCGCGUAAGCAAGAAUGAUAUUUCGGGUAAAACCCGACUGGUGGUUUCUUAUCCCGAUAAUGGUGAAGAUGGCCACUUUCCUCUUGCUUCCCUACGAGGUCCCAAGGACUUGUCGCUGAAAAAGAAAUUAGCGGCGGCGACAUCUAACAUGUCGCCAUUCGAUGUCCUUGGAGAAACAGUUGCGCCAUAUGUAUUUGGCUAUCGUGAUCUUCUCUAUGGAGAACGGGCCCCUGGAAAUGCAAGCAGUCUCCGAGAUAUGUACUGUCUACAUGCCCUUAACCAUAUUAUUAAAACGAGGGAUCGAGUGAUCAAGAAUAAUUCUCGUGUUUCUAAGGAAGACGAGGAUAUUGAGAAUCGAGAUCAAGGCUUCACAAGGCCAAAGGUGCUCAUCAUUCUCCCGACCAGGCAGGCUUGUGUGCGCGUUAUGGAGUCGAUUUCCAAAUUCUACAACGCAGAGCAACAGGAGAAUAAAAAACGAUUUAUUGAUACAUUUUCGGUGCCGGAGGAUCAAUCAUGGGAGGAUAAAACAGAGGAUUUCCGAGAGCUUUUCGGUGGGAAUGACGACGAUAUGUUUAGAUUGGGCUUGAAGUUUACACGGAAAACGAUAAAAUACUUCACUCAGUUCUAUACAUCUGAUGUCAUCAUUGCCAGUCCGCUUGGGCUCCGAACUGCAAUGGAUAAAGAAGACGGAAAAAAACAAGACUAUGAUUUUCUUUCCUCGAUUGAGGUGCUCAUUGUCGACCAAGCAGAGGCCCUUCUCAUGCAAAACUGGGACCACGUUGAAUAUAUCUUUAGCCAUCUAAACCUCCAGCCAAAGGAAUCCCAUGGCUGCGAUUUUAGCCGCGUGCGAACCUGGUAUCUGGAUGGACAUGCCAAAUACCUACGGCAAACACUUAUCCUAUCGUCGUUCAUCACUCCAGAGAUCAACUCACUCAUAUCAGCCCACUCACACAAUGUCUCUGGAAAAGCCAAAAUAACCCCCGUCUACCCAGGCGCUAUCCUCAAGAUCCCUGUUCCUAUCCCCGUCCGACAGACCUUCUCACGAUUUGACUCCAUCUCGCCUGUCAAAGACCCUGACGCGCGGUUCAAAUACUUUACCAACACCGUGAUUUCAUCUAUUGUCAAGAAUUUGACCAAUGCUGGGAAGCCAUCCGCUGCAGGAACGCUCAUCUUUAUUCCCUCAUAUCUGGAUUUUGUUCGCAUUCGAAAUUAUCUCGCCACUUCAUCCCAAACCUCGAAUCUCUCAUUUGGUGCGAUCUCUGAAUACACAGCUGUCCGCGAUGCAGCUCGCGCCAGGAGCCAUUUCAUGAACGGGCGCCACUCCGUCCUCCUCUAUACAGAACGCUUGCAUCACUUCCGUCGGUACAGGAUACGUGGCGUCAAGCGUGUGAUCAUGUAUGGCGUUCCCGAGAAUCCCGCAUUUUACAGCGAGAUUGUCGGCUUCGUGGGGAUAGACCCUGCGACCGUUGCCGAGGCAGCGGAGAAAGGAGUGCGUGCGCUAUUCUCCAAGUGGGAUGCGUUGAAGCUGGAACGAGUCGUGGGCACGAGUAGGGUAGGCAGUAUGAUGACUGAGAAGGGAGGAGAUACAUUCACGUUUACUUAA